GGGUGUUUCGUCUGUUGCAAAUUGCUUCCGUUUACUACAAACGGAAACCACAAACGACAGUUUCUAUUGGACAACUCCCAUUUCGUACCAUUUGUUUCGUAAACCGUUUCCAUAAUGAAUACGCUCCUGCUGUGAUACGUUGUUGUAUGAAGAAUAGUUCUGGAUUACAUUUGUGUCAUUGCGCCUAUCACCGAAAUAUUACUACAAACAAUGGAUGACUAUCAACCACUCAGUUGAAGUUUACAUAGACGUUUUGGCUUUAAAUUGGAUGCUAAAAAAGCACAGUCUACUGUUCUCAUUGUGAGCAAAGCUUUUCCUACCAUCACAGCAAUAUACGCUUGCAAUACCAUUUGCGGGGGAAAAAAACAAAGCUAUUUUAGGAUAUCAUAUAUGCGUUCAUUUGGGCAAAAUUGUAUAUGGUUAUUUGACGGUUUCUCGUUUUUAAGAGCUUAUCUGGAGCGCAUGAACGUUUGACUAUAUCCCAAAGUAUUUCAUAUUUUACGGGUCAAAGGUCUACAGCUGUUGAUAGAGAAACAACGGGCGCCGUAAUUUUAUGAAGUGAUUUCCGACAACUCUAACAUGGAUUUCCGAGGGUACCCCCUGUCCAGCAGUCUGGCCCCAAAUUUGAGGAGAAGGGGCGAACGGGGAGCAACAGGACUGGUUCUGGAUAGGCGCAAGUCAACCGUUUGGAAUUACUACAUCCAACUUAAUGAGAUGUAUGUUGAGUGUAAUAUAUGCAAGAGGCAGCUGUCUUUUCACAACAGCACUACGACUAUGAGGGAGCACCUUGUCCGCAAACAUAAUAUACGCGACAACGCGCCACCUGUACUUGAUAACACAGCAGUGGCCGGGGCCCCGAUUCCAGCUACAUCACUACAGCCAAUGGCCCAGCCCGGAUUCCCCUGCAACAUCUCUACUACAUCUGCCACAGCCAACACAUGCAUGUUCCAGACAGAUUUGCACAUAGUUGUAAAAGAGGAGCAGCAGGAUGCUGACUUAUCUCCUGAACAAGGGACGGCCAAACGUGCCCGAAUCACAUGUGCUCCUCCCCUAGAUGUAGGAGGCGGUGCCAAUGCAAUCCCUGUCACCAGCCAAAAUUUGGAACCAUCAAACUCAAAUGCUGGAUUACUAUAUAGUGAGAACAACAACUUUGGUGAUACCAACCGUAGUGGUAUCACCACCAAAGAAUCCAAUGGCAAGCGUACUGGAGUUCUGACUGACCUAAUAUUGGAAAUGGUGUACAGGGACUUGCAGCCACUGUCUGUGGUGGAGGAGAGGGGAUUUCGUCUUCUAUUGAGCUACUUAGAACCACAGUACCCAGUGCCGUCUCCCUCUCAGCUUGGCAGCCUUCUUUGGCAUCACUAUGAUGUUCUGAAACGGCACCUGCAGCAGUAUCUUCAGUCUGGCCUGGCUCCACGUGGCAUAACACUUUGCACUGAGUACUGGCAGUCCGUAGCAGGUUGUGCGGUGGGAGCAGGCGGUCGCCUCUUCUUCACUGUAAGUGCACAUUUUGUUGACAAAGACUGGCGCUUGGCCCGUUGUGUGCUGCAGACCUGUCCCAUGCCCGAUAUCAGGGAGAAGAUUUGUGAAAGAGGGUUCAUUCAAUUUGGGGACACGCUGAAGGCAGUUCUCUCUGAAUUCCAUCUUCCCCAGAGCUCUGUUUUCUGUGUUGUACAUGACACUCCCAGGAUCUCAGAGGCCAGAGGGACUGAGAAUAUGGGAGUUCCGAAAGAAAAAGUUAAUCGUACUGCUGGACCACACCAAUCACCUCAGGAUCUCCCAGAAGGCUGGGUAGCGUUACACUGUGCAGGGGAAGCCCUCGAACUCUGCAUCCAGGACGGACUAUGGAUGGAACCUGUCAGACAGGCUCUUGUAGAGGCCCGCAGGAUUAUCUCACAUUUCCAGCAUGACGCACCUGCUGCCGCCGCUCUGAUCCACAAGGCAGAGGCGGCGAAUAAGGCAGGAGCUUGUCUAGUGCUGGAUGACCCAGGGCGCUGGGCAACUGCUAUCGACAUGUGUGAGAGUCUGCUCGAGCUGAAGUGGGUGGUGAGCUCCGUUCUCGAGGAGCAGAAAGCUGCUCCAAAUUUAGCGGACCACCAGUGGCGCCUCCUCCAGGAACUGGUGCCAGUUCUUAAGACGGUGCGCAUCGCUGCCUCCUUCUUGAGCGAGGACAUCAAUUUGUCCAUCUCUGCCCUUAUGCCGUGCCUGCAUGGUGUAUCUCGUGUCCUAGAGCAACAUAUCGCAGAGACCAGCUGCCCUGUGGCUCGGGGAGUAAUGGAGACGGUGCGGUCAGGGAUGGAGCGACAGUGGAGACUGGGUGAAGAGGAAGCCUUACUGGACAGCCCUGCUGUCCUCUCCUCAUUCCUGGACCCGAGGUUUAAGGAGCUGCGCUUCCUCAGCCCACAUGCACGUAGUAGGCUGCACGACAAGGUCAAGGAACUAUUAUCUGCUCAAGCACAAAUAGAGGUGGAGGAAAUGAGCAGAGAAUGUGACAAAGGAGGCGAGGAUGAGGAUGGCGAAGAGGGAAGGGAAAAGGAAGUGAGGAAUCGGGGAUUGGAUCACUCACAGUCAACCAUUGCUCCUCUGGAUUCACCUGUGUCCUGUGAAUCAAAUGAAGAGGGGGACAUUAUUGUGCUGCAGCAACAGUUAAAGGGGCUGUCCCAGACUGCCCCGUCACAGGUCAGUGGAGAGGGACUGGGUGAAGGCUCACGCUGCAGUGCUGGAAAUGGUCCCAGGAGAGUAGCAGGACUGUCUAGCCUGUUAAAAGGAGACCUGCAGCCCCCUGCUUAUAGGCAAGUGAGUCAUGUGCCCAAAAGCAUGUACGACAUACUGCUUGGAGAGGAUCCCACUGAGCGAAUGCCUGAGAUCCACCAACAGCUGGAGAACUACAUUGCAGAGCCGCUGUGCAAACGCAGCCUGUCACCUCUCCACUGGUGGCGCUCUAAGGAGCAUCGCUUCCCUGCCGUGGCCAGACUUGCCCGCACAUUUCUGGCUAUCCCUGCUACUGCUGUGCCUGCAGACAGGGCCUUUGCUCCUAGAGAGACUACUGUUGCUCAACGCAGGGCCAUUCUGGGGCCCCAGCAUUUAGAUCAUAUUCUAUUCCUUCACCAGAACAGUGACUAUGUGGAGAAACUGAUGGGAGGGUCUACAGGGCAUGAAGAGAGGGGCAGUGACAGGAAUGGAGCCAAGCAGACUCUGUAUCAGUCUUUAGUGUCCUAUGAGAGCAAGGCUUGGGUGGGUGGGGAGAAGUUGUGAUCAGUCUACAUACCUUAUUUUAUAAAGUAAAGAACUAUGUUGUGCAUAGGACUCUUGAGAAAAGAUCUAUCCAUUCAUGGCCAAGAUUUAUCUGACUUCAAUUCAUCUUGGAUACAGAGUUUGAAAAAUCAACGACAAGGCAAAGCAAAUAAUUCAGCUACUGGACUCAAAGCCACACUUGUGUGGCGUCUGUAUUUACAUGUAAAAUAGUGUCUGGCCAACAUAUCUACAUUUGAGUUGUGAUUUACAUCAUACAUCAUUGUAAAGUGCUUUCAAAAAUAUGUAGCCUAUGUGUAAAUGUGUGAGAAGUUGUAGAUGUACGGUCACUCUUGCUGAAUGGCAACAGAAAUGCAUGUUAUCCUUGGUUUGCAUAAAGUAAAAACACUGGUUCAAAUGAAAAGCUUGUACAGUAAUUGCAGCAUGAUGUCGAUUUAGAAAUGAGAAAUGUCUCAAACACUAACUGUGGAAAAACUGUUGUAAUUAAAGGAAUGGUUGAAAACAA